AUGGGAUACAUCGAAUUCUAUGAAUAUAGCGAUCAAUCGCUUGUCCUUUCGUUCUUGAAAGAGCUGAUGCCGAUUGCGGCACCGCUAUACCACCGACUCCAAUCGCCUCAAAAUACAGCUGAUAGGUGCACCGCGAUUCUAUGUAGUGUUCCUCCGGGUCAAGCCUUGACGGCCCCGAGUACUGAAGAUUUUGCGGUGGAAAGAAACGUCACAGUGUGCUUUGCGGAUCGUUCUCGCCACCACGAAUCUCAAAUUUGGUUAUUCAAUACAUUGUGCCUCAAAGCUGUCAGUCCAAACGCGCUCUCACAACAAGAAUAUGUGUUCUUGGUAGAUAAUCUGUGCUGUUUAUUCCGAAAGCUUAAGGAGAUUGGCGAGAGACACGUCUCGGCCGAUAUACAGCCAUUGAAUUAUCCUUUUCCAUCUCUUGUGCGCCUUGCAACUCUACAUGAGCUUCUAGCCACCACGAUCCAGAAAGUCGUCACGCCAAAAUACCAUAGUCAAUGGGAUGAGAUGGUAUUCUAUACUCCAUCUAUAACGAAAUCUCCACUAGAGAACCUUCCGCUAGGAUACAAACUUGGCACCGUCCCAGAAUCAAAGCUCGAGACUGUCAUUUCAACAUCAAGUAUCCCUCGUCAGCCGUCAACUUUACUGGAGCUUCACAAUGCGGCAAUAUUUACAACAUCCUCUGAGAGGAUCAUUAAGGACCUCGUGGCAUGGGCAUAUCUAGGGAUAGACAAGAACAUCGUAACCCUAUAUGUUGUUCCGGACCAUCGGGGCAAAGGGUUAGCUAAGAUUGUGAUCCUCAAGCUCCUGUGUGACCUGCGUGAUGGAGUGGCUGGGAAAGAAAAGUCCCAAAGCGAUUGGUGUCUUGCUGAUGUCGCUAGCCAAAAUUUUGCCAGUCAGGGAGUAUUUAAAGCUGUGGGCGCGCAGGUUGGUUGGAGGAGCUCCUAUGUUAGAUUCGAUUUGGAUGAAAUAGAUCCAUAG